CCGCGCUCACUGUACGGCCACCUCUCUCUGUCUCCGUCUCUGUCUCUGUCUCUCGUUCGCUCGCGUUCUUCGAGCUCACCGACGAUCAUGUCUCCAUCGACGACGACGACGACCAAGACGCUGCUGGGUCGCCGGACCCGGGCGCCGAAGCCGCGCUCUCGACCCCCGUUCGAGGAGGACGACGGCGGCGGCGGCGGCGGCGACCGCUACGGCGACGUGCGGUGCGAGAGGUGCGGGUCGGGAGAUUCCGGCGAGGAGCUGCUCCUCUGCGACGGGUGCGACCGAGGGUACCACCUGUUCUGCCUCCGGCCGGUCCUCGUGGCCGUGCCCAAAGGGUCGUGGUUUUGUCCCGCUUGCGCCAAGCGCAAGCAUCUCAAAUCCUUUCCUCUUGUUCAGACCAAAAUCAUCGACUUCUUUCGCAUCCAGACGACAAAGGAAGCGAGCCAAAAGUCAAUUCAUGAUACCCAUAAGAAGCGUAAGCGAAGCAGCAGCUUAGUGGUGUCGAAGAAAAAGAGGAAAUUGCUUCCGUUCAAUCCGAGUGAGGAUCCUAUUAGGAGAUUGAAACAAAUGGCUUCACUGGCAACGGCAUUAACAGCUACUGGAGCUGAGUUCAGUAAUGAGCUUACUUACGUGCCUGGCAUGGCGCAGAGAUCGGCCAACCAAGCAGCAUUUGAACAGGGAGGGAUGCAGGUCUUGCCAAAGGAAGAUGUUGAAACCUUGAAUUUGUGCAAGAGCAUGAUGGGAAGGGGGGAAUGGCCGCCGCUCAUGGUUGUGUUCGAUCCUCAAGAGGGGUUUACUGUCGAGGCUGAUAGAUUCAUCAAGGAUCUAACUAUCAUAACAGAGUAUACUGGUGAUGUGGAUUACUUGAAGAAUCGGGAACAUGACGAUGGGGAUAGCAUGAUGACACUGCUUUCUGCUUCAAAUCCUUCAAGAAGCCUUGUCAUCUGCCCAGAUAAGUGCGCCAACAUAGCUCGAUUCAUCAAUGGCAUUAACAACCAUACUCCGGAAGGGAAAAAGAAGCAGAACCUCAAGUGCGUGAGAUUCGAUGUUGAUGGGGAGUGUCGGGUGCUACUGGUUGCUAACAGAGAUAUAUCGAAGGGGGAGCGAUUGUACUAUGAUUACAAUGGACAUGAGCAUGAAUACCCAACUGAACAUUUUGUCUAGCCUCUGCUGCCGUUGUUCUCUGUCAUAAGAUGUAGGAAGAAUUGACAACUAACAAGCCAAUUGUAUGCACACACAACACAAGGCACAACUCCACCUGUUGUUUAUCAAUUCACAAUCUCAACACUGAUAAAUCAAUGGCAAGAGAAAUGAGGACCUUUUUGGUCAGACCGGUUUCUUCCA